GUCUUCAGGCUUUGCUGCCACUUUGUUUGUUGUUGUUUUUUUUUGUUUGUUUAAACUAUGCUGAGCAGUGUCUCUCUGCGGGCUCAGAUAGCCUCCGUGAUCGAUGCAUUGUCCAAAGCAGCAGUGGCAGAAAUCUCCAAAGUUGUGGAGGAUGGCAUGGUGGUGCUGCGGCUGGACAUGUGUCAACGCGAGAACGAGAUCCAGAAGCUGAAGAGCAACAUCGAGGUCCUGCACAGCGAGCUGAGAUCUCUGCAGGAGAGAGUGACCCUGCAACCCGACCACCAUGACAAUCAGAGGGUCGUCGAUGAUGAGAGGACCUCGCUUGAAAAGGGGCCGGCUGACAAGAACCAUAACCAUACAGACCACAACAGCCUGUCCGUACCUGAGGUUCAGGUGAAACGUGAACCUGUGGAAGCAGGAAGUGAAGAGAACAGAGGACAACCUGACCGGCUGGGAGAAGAACCGGCCUCGUAUGAAAGGAACAGUGCACAAUGGAGGCCAACGAUGCAAACUCACACAACACGCAACAACUCAGAUUGUUUAAAUUUAGGGCAGAACUCCUUGUCGUGUCUCCCUGAAGCUUCUCUGGACUCCAGACCGGUCGCGUCCUGCAGCAGCUCCGGUGGGUUUCAGCAGAGCCCGUUCAGCCGCGGGCUGCUGGGUUACAGCCAGUACCGCAACUCGUACAACACAGUGCGGAGGAGGACGGCGGCGAAGAGGUUGAUGUUCAAGAAGGGCUUCAUCUGCCCGUACUGCGGUAAAUGGUUUGAGCGCUCCGGGCACCUGGAGAGGCAUAAAAGGAUUCAUACGGGUGAGAAACCGUAUCGCUGCGAGACAUGCGGGAGACUGUUCAAUCAGAAAUGCAGCCUGAAGGAGCACAUGAAGAUUCAUGGAAGAUGUAUUCAGCCCAAACCCCUGCAGAUCGAAGUGGUCGAACAGAAGCAGAUUCCCGAGGUGAACCCAUGUACCGACGCUCUUCGCCCUGAGGAAGAGAUCCAGGUGAAAGCCGUGGAUGACCUUCCUAAGAACGAGGACAUUCUCACAACACCCGUACUCGUGAAAUGUGAGCCCGCAGAGGAGAAUAUAAUAGCACCGCCACUGUUCCUUGGAGGAGCCGAGCAGGCCGAGGAAGGAGGAGAGGACCUCAGUGAGAACUUCACAACAUUUGGGAGGGACAGCCAGCAGUGGAUGUCCAGAUUGCAAAGUCAAAACAACACAGAGAUCAACACUUCAGAGUAUCUGUGCAGCUCCGCUCAGAGUAUGACGUCCUACCCGGGGAUGGCUCAGUUACUUCCUCCACCAGUCGAAGCUUCUUGUAGCACGUUCUCCUUUCCAAGUAAACCAUACGGGGAUCUUAACAACAGCAUGGUCUCCCAAACGCCUUACGGAUCCUCAGACGCGCUCAUGAUACCAAGUGAAGCAGGUUUGCACGGGGCGGCGGGGGCCUCGCUGAAUCCCCACCGGCAGAGAGGAAGCCGGUCCUUUCAGGUCAUCAAACCGAAGAAGUGCUUCGUCUGCUCGUACUGCGGAAAGAUCUUCGAGCGCGCCGGCCACCUCGAGAGACAUCUGCGGAUCCACACCGGGGAGAAGCCGUACGGUUGCCAUAUCUGCGGGAGGUGUUUCAAUCAGAAGAGUAGCCUGAAGGGCCACAUGAAGACGCACAGAAAUGGGGAGAACACAGACGUGCUGGAGGCAAAUCACCUGAUGUUUACAAUGCCUGAAAAUCAAUCGCUGAAGAACCUGGCAGAACCCAAGACCGGACUGGCAGCUUUAGAGGAGCAGCUGCUGGGCACCGCGUACAGCGAGGCAGUUGGUGAGCAAACAGUGAUGGUGAAGAUGGAGCCAAACAGGGAAGACUUUCACACUCUGAGUCAGGCAGGGACACAAAACGGCACAGAGCAAAGUCAUCUGUGGACAUCUGGGACCGAGAAGAGUAGCGAUACGGAACAAACCGUCUGUGUGCUGUUACGUGAUGUCAAGUAUCACCUCAGUCCUGCUCCUGGAGCUUCCAAUGAACAGCAGGGGUUCACAUCACCAAUCAGAGAUCUGCCUUUUCUAGACGACAAAGAAAAGGACGAAAUGAUGCACAUCGAUCAGUAUUCAGCCAUGUGCAUGCAAACAAGACGCUCUGACCUGACUCUUGAGCUGCAGGAUCAACAUCUGGCAGCAGAGCUGUCUGCGAACGAGUACGCAGCAGUGAGUGACAGGACUCACGAGGCUGGAGGGUUUGAGUUCAGUACGACCGCCUCAGGCAACCAUACGGAUAACGGCGGCGCGGAGGACGCCACGGGGCAAAACUGCUUCAUAUGCUCGACUUGCGGGCAAAGCUUUGAUAGUUUCAGCUUGUUUCAGAGGCACCAGUGUAAAAGUAUCACAGAGCAGUCCUUCAGCUGUGAGAUAUGUGGGGAGGUUUUUAAUCAGAUGAGCAUCCUGAAAUUGCACCUUAAGCUGCAUGUUGAAUAAAUAUUUAGCAUUUGACAAAAACAAGGAAAAAUAACAAAAACAUUAUUUUCUACAUGCAUUAACGACUGAAUACUAUCUUGUUUUUUUGCGGU